UAUUAACUCCUUCGUCAUUUCCAAUCCUGUUAUGGCAUUUGGACUCCGAACCAAGAGCUUUGGGUUCAUAGAAGGAGAGCCUGAGUUUGUGAGUGCAUUCCAAUGGUGGAACCAGAUUGAUGACUCGGAUCAAUGGCAGAGAGGCACUUACUAUGCCCUUUGUGUCGCUUAUACGUUGGUCUCAUUUAUUGCCCUGGUACAACUGGUGCGAAUUCAAAUAAGGGUACCUGAAGAUGGGUGGACAAUGCAGAAGAUUUUCCACUUGAUGAACUUUGUUGUCAAUGGAUUGAGGGCUGUCCUUUUCGGUUUAUACAAAAGUGUUUUUGCAAUAAGAGCAAAGGCACUAGAGCAGAUGUUAAUGGAGCUUCCUAGUCUUCUGUUUUUUUCUACGUGUACAUUGCUUGUCUUGUUCUGGGCUGAGAUAUAUCACGAGGCAAGAAGUGAACCCUCACAGAAACUUAGGCCUGCUUAUGUUAUUAUCAAUGGUUUUAUUUACUUGGUACAGAUCUGCCUCUGGAUUUACAUGUGGAUUUACAUGAUUGCAAGCAAAACUGCUACAGGCUUGGAAGCUGCAGAACUCUUCCUUUCAGGUUAUUUCUAUCAACAUGACUUUAGUUGAUGACUUUUUUGUGUCUAUUUAAUUUUCAUCUUGCCCUCAAAUAAUGUUGUUGGAAAUGUUGUUGGAAUUCCU